GCUCCGGGGCCUGCGAUACAAGCUCACCGUGUCCCACUGCUCUCUAAGGGUUGGCAGAGGAGUGUGCAGAGGAGAAACCCCGGCACUGCUGCGGCAGAGCCUCUCCAAGCACUUGCUGUCCAUGUGCACCGCGUUCGCGAUGAAGCAGCAGGACCCCGACUCGAGGGAGCAAGCAUGCAUGCUGUGUCGCCGGGCAGAGGCUGACCCGGAUAUCUGUGGGUGCAAAAGCGCAAAGAAGGGGCUCUGUGCCCACACCUAUUGCCUGUUCCUUGCCAGCGGGCUUUUUCCACAAGAGAGCAGGAACGGGUUUCUCACUGAGGACACCAGACGCGCAAUCCAGGAGGCAGCCCAGAAGCGCUGCUUCGUUUGCGGCGAGACGGGCGCCGCCAUCACCUGCCAGCAGAAGGGAUGCGACCGGAGCUUCCAUCUCCCUUGCGCCUCAGAGGGUGAAUGUGUCACCCAGUUCUUCGGGCUGUACAGGUCCUUCUGCUGGGAGCACCGCCCAGAGCAGGCAGUGCAGGCCGCUCCAGAGCACAACACCACCUGCAUCAUCUGCCUGGGCCUCGUGGAGGACAAAAAGUCCUACCACACCAUGGUGUGCCCAGCAUGCCAACACGCCUGGUUCCACCGGACCUGCAUCCAGAAGCAGGCUAUCCAUGCCGGCGUCUGCUUCCGCUGCUUGCGUUGCCAAAGCAAAGAUCAGUUCGUGAUGGAAAUGCUCACCAUGGGGAUUCGAAUCUCCAAGAGACAACCGUCACGGGAGAGCGACCAGGCAUUUGGACUGGUGUAUCAGAGGCACAUCCGCUGCAAUGCCAGCAAGUGCCUUUGUCUGGGAGGCAGGGAGCAGGCAGAGGAAGAGGGGUCCUGGCAGAUGCUCCUGUGUAGCUCCUGCGCAGCCAAAGGCAUCCACAGGCGCUGCUCCUACCUGAGGAACAGCGCAACCACCUGGCAGUGUGACUGCUGUGCUGGCCUGGGCCCUGGCGCCAGUGACAAGUCAGAGCUUGCCAGCAUCAGAACCGCCAGCCAGGCGGCAUCGGGGCUGUCCCAUGGCUCCCUGGUGCCUGAGAGCAGCAGGCCCAGCACCAUCACCUACACACCACCGGGGCCAUCCCGCAGCUCCCCAGGGCCUGAAAGCAGCAGCCGCUCCAGCCACCUUGGGCCAGACCGCAUCCGGCACCGCUCGCAGUUACAACGUCGGGCGCAAAAGCCAUACAGCCGGCCUGGCAAACCUCGUGGGACCAGCCACAUGCCAGCUCCAAGCGUCGAGCCAAGCAGCCCCAGCACUGCCUGGCAGAUGGCGCUGGGGCUGUUCCUCGGUUUGCUGGCGCUCCAGAGGAGCAGCUCCACCUCUGCCAGCCAGGCAGCGUCGGGGCUGUCCCGUGGCGCUCUGGUGCUCGAGAGCAGCAGCCGCUCCAGCCACCCUGGGCCAGACCGCAUCCGACACCGCUCGCGGUUACAACAUCGGGCGCAAAAACCAUACAGCCGGCCUGGAAGAUGCUGCUGA